AUGAACAGUACUGUAAACAGGAAGUACUUUCAUUUUAUCCUAAAGUCCGAGUGGAAUGUUUUAAGGGCCUAAAAACAGCAAACCAAGUCUUAUUACUGUCCAAUAGGCAACGUCCUCCCACAAACUCAUUAGCCAGAAAGGAAGACAGCGGGAUUUGCGGUUGUUGACCUUGUACUAUUGGUCCCUGAGAUGACAUCACAGCAACCUCAAAUCCACGGUGGGGCUAUUCAUCACCAGGUUGCCCACAAUGACUCAGCUCAACAAGCCCACCCUCAUAUUCAGCCUCAUUAUCUUGACUCAAACCCGAGCGGCGCCACCGCUGGCCGUCUGGACAACAGAGCUCUCGCGCGCCGUCCGGGAUGCUCCAGUUUGGCAACAACGAGCGGCGUUCCAGCCUGUCUUGUAAACUCCAGCAUAUCCAAAGGAUCGAGGAGUUUCGAGCCCUGGCCUGAAGAGGCGGUGGACAAGUCACAUGGGUUGAACUCGCUCCACCGUAUGUUUGAUAUAGUCGGAGCGCAGCUCACUCACCGGGACGUUAGAGUACUGUCGUUUUUGUUCGUUGAUGUGAUUGACGAAUAUGAGCGUGGUGGCAUCAGGAGUGGAAGGGAUUUCUUGCUGGCGCUGGAGCGUCAAGGUCGCUGUGACGAGACCAACUUUCAACAUGUGCUCCAGCUUCUGAGGAUUAUCACUCGUCACGACCUUUUGCCUUACGUCACACUGAAGAAACGCCAGCCCGUGUGCCCAGAUCCUGUUGACAAGUACCUGGAAGAGACGUCAGUGCGCUACAUUUCACCUAGAGGAGGCAUAAAGGGCAGGGACUGUGUGCCUCACAGAAUGACAGGACCCUAUGUUGGCCCAUCCCGAAUGAAAGCAGCUCCUGUACCGAACGGCUUGUGGAAGAGAAGCCAUUCGUCAGCUGACUUCAGAGAAAAGCAAACUUGUGAUAUCCGUCUGCGUGUCCGUGCUGAAUAUUGCCAGCACGACUCCGCCCUUCAGGGCAACAUCUUUUCCAACAAGCAAGAGGUUGUGGAGCGACAGUUUGAACGCUUCAACCAGGCCAACACCAUCCUCAAAUCCCGAGACUUGGGCUCCAUCAUCUGUGACAUCAAGUUCUCUGAGCUCACUUACUUGGAUGCUUUCUGGAGAGACUAUAUCAAUGGCUCGUUGUUAGAAGCCCUGAAAGGAGUUUUCAUCACAGAUUCUCUUAAGCAGGCAGUGGGCCACGAGGCUAUAAAACUAUUGGUCAAUGUCGAUGAGGAGGAUUACCAGGCGGGGCGUCGCAGACUUCUUUGUAAUUUGGUGACGAGUGGCGAUCCUCCCGGAGGUAUCAAAGACUGCGUGUCUUAGACGUGAGCGCAAGCAAACAGAAGGAAUACAACUGUGCCUCUCCUUUGGGAAUUGAAAAAGAUGUGAGGAUGUUGCACAUGUGGUACCCAUGUCUGGAAUGUGUGUAUGUGUCUGGAAUUCCAGCAAUCCCACUGAUUCAUUUAGCGCAAUGGUCGGAGGAUAGUUGGUAGCCCCAACGUAUAGCAUGCAAGGGGUUUGGGGACUGCCAGUGAAAAGAAGUAGGUAACGCAUACAGUUUUACAUUCAUUUGAAUAUGAAUCUAUUCAUUUUCUUGAAGGGAGAACAUGUAUUUUGUCUUAUUUACGCUGAUUUUGAUAAAGAAAAUCCUCAGUGGUGUCAAGUUACUCCUAGUGGGGGAUGUACCGAUUUUUUUUUUUAUUUUUUUUUUCAGAUAAUUUAUUUUUUCAGGUCAGAUUGGUUGUAUUAACCCAUUUAGAAAAUGUUCAGUAUGUUCUGUAAAACAGCAACUUAAGUAGGCUCACAGGUAGUGUUUUUAUGUUUGUGUUUUCCACCUGUAUGUCUAAGACCAUUUUGUACUAACAUGACUGAUUAUUGCAAAGAUAUUUCAUAUUUAGUUUCAACUGAAGUUGGAGGAUGUUUCCUUCAUGUUUCAUAUACUAUUUUUACCACCAAAUCACCAAGUUGUUUUAAAUAUUAUUUGUCACGAGAACAAUAUAUGGUGGAAGUGAACAUGGUUGCCAUUAAAAUCAUUGGGAUUUUGACUGAUGUAAAGUCACUGGAAAAAGGAAGUCCACUUUUCAGUUCGACAAUUACAUAUCAUUAUGUUAUGGGGGGAAAUGUGCUCCUUAUUUGGUUUUAAAUGGGACAUAUAGUGGAAAAAGGACUUUUUAAUUGCUUGUAUUCAAAUUAAUGGGUCCUUGGAGACCCUUUGUCACCCAUCAAGUAUAAACAUUACACAACCAUUUGUUUUGUGAAGUGCCUAAGUCGGAAUAUUUGUCCCUUACCAAACUGUUCAGAUUUUUGUCCUGUAACAGUUGGGCUAAUUUAUAAAUAAUAACCCCCCCCCCCCCCCCCACACACACACACACACACUGAGUUUCACUCAUGGUUAGUGCUUGGGUGAAGCCAUUUAUUAUCAAACAACUGUGUUUACUCUUUUUAAAUCAUAAUGACAACAGAAACUACGCACAUGACCCUGAUCAAAAGUUUAGAUGCCCUUGAGAUUUUGGCCUGAUAACAUGCACACGUUGACACAAAUGGGUUUGAAUGGUUACUAAAGGUAACCAUCCACACCUGUGAUAUGUCUGCUUGUAAUCAGUGUGUGUAUAAAGGUUCAGUGAGUUGCUGGACUUCUGACAGACACUUGCACUGAUAUCUCUGGAUUCUGAUUCAUGGGGAAAGCAAAGGAAUUGUCAAAAGAUCUGCGGGAAAAGGUCAUUGAACUGUCUAAAACGAGAAAGGGAUAUAAGGAGAUAUCCAAGGAACUGACAAUGCCAAUCAGCAGUGUCCAAACUCUAAUUAAGAAGUGGAUAAUGAGAGAUUCUGUUGAAACCAAACCACGAACAGGUCGACCAACAAAGAUUUCUGCCACAGGCCAGGAAGAUUGUUCGAGAUGCAAAGAAAAACCCACAGAUGACUUCAGCUGAAAUACAGGACUCUCUAAAAAGUGGUGUGGAGGUUUCAAGAUGCACAAUAAGAAGAAAAAUGGGCUGCAUGGUCGAGUCGCCAGAAGAAAGCCAAUACUAUGCCAAUGCCACAAAAAAAGUACGCUUACUGUUUGCCAAACAGCACAGAGACAUUUCUCAAAACUUGUGUAACAAAAUAAUUUGGAGUGAUGGGAGUCAAGAAGGCCUAUGAUGAAAGGCACACCAUUCCUACUGUGAAAUAUGGAGGUGCAUCGCUGAUGUUUUGGGGAUGUGUGAGCUACAAAGGCACAGGAAGCUUGGUCAAAAUUGAUGGCAAGAUGAAUGCAGCAUGUUAUCAAAAAAUACUAGAGUAAAAAUUUGCACUCAUCAGCCCUGAAGCUGCACAUGGGAUGUACUUGGAUAUUCCAACAUGUUAAUGAUUCAAAACACAAAGCCAAGUCGACCUGUCGGUGGCUACAGCAGAAUAAAGCGGAGUGGCCAUCUCAGUCUCCUGACCUCAAUAUCGUUGAGCCACUGGGGAGAUCUCAAGUGUGCAGUUCAUGCAAGACAGCCCAAGAAUUUACAGGAACUGGAGGCCUUUUGCCAAGAAGAAUGGGCAGCUUUACCAUCAGAGAAAAUAAAGAGCCUCAGCCACAACUGCCACAAAAGACUCCAAGCUGUCAUUGAUGUUAAAGGGGGCAAUACAUGGUAUUGAAAACUGGGGUAUGUAAACUUUUGAUCACGGUCAUUUGAUUACUUUCUGUUGUCAUUAUGAUUUCGAAAGAGUAACCAGAGUUGUUUGAUAAUAAAUGGCUUCACCCAAGCACUAACUGUGAGUGGAAGAGGUUUUUGUGUUAUCAUUCUUAUUCUCUGAAAAAUGGCCAAGAAAUCAUAAAUUAUUUCAGGGUAUGUAAACCUAUGGGCGCAACUGUAUGGCAGGACUACACGGAAGCGCGAUGAUGUCAAUUUAAAAGCUAAGCAGAGCUGCAAUGUUGUUGGAUGUGCGUAUUAGCAUUAGCUUCUGAUAAACCGCACCUAAACACAACAUAUAUUACGUACAUGGUAGCAGUCACAUAGCCACCACAGCCAAAAACCCAUAUCAACUGCGUGCAAACAUACACAAACUGACAUCAGGUUCACAACUGCAUGUGUUGGACUUUAUCUCACGCAUAUAGAUGAAAUAGGACUGCCUCUCCAUGUUGCACGUGAUGCCCGCAUCCGGAAUGUGUGAGUGUGUCUCUGGUUUUCCUGCAAUCCCACCGAUUCAUUUAGAGCCCGGGUAUCAAACUUGUCCCUCAUCUAAUACAGUAUGUUCCACAUCCUUGAGUUUGACACUGUGAUUUAGAGCA